UUUAGCCAGCUACCUUGACCGACUCAUGGUGCUCGAGACUCAUGAGAGUAGCAGUAGAGGGGAGCACUGGAGCACCAGCCGUGCCGCAACUCCUCUGUUUUCCUACAAGCAGCAGCCAGCGGAGAGGAGUCCUCUGUUCAAGCACGUACAACAGGCAGGUGAAGACGCCGGUGCCGCGGCGACGGGCCGCUGCGGAUUAGGGCCCACUAUCAGAUCCAGGGCGCCGGGGCGGCCGAUGAUCGGAGCACGUGAAGGUGAAGUUUCGGAAGGUAGAAGUGUUAAUUUACUGAGUAGAUCUUCUGGCGAAUUCUGUUGCCAGUGGUUCAAGCAGUGUUGUCCACAGAGCUGUUUUUAUACCAGCUCAUCGGAUUAUGGCUUUGAAGAAGAUGAAUGUUUUUGAGAAGGAGAAAAGAGAACAGAUUCUUAAUGAGUUGGGAACAUUAUCCGAAGCCUGUUGCUAUCCAGGCUUGGUCGAAUUCCAUGGAGCAUUUUACAAGCCUAAUUCUGGAGCAAUAUAUUUUGCACUUGAGUACAUGGAUGGCGGUUCUUUAGCGGAUAUCAUCAGGGUCAAGAAAUUUAUACUGGAACCAGUUCUUGCACAUAUGCUGGUAAAAGUGUUGUCGGCCCUGCGCUACUUGCAUGAAGUGAAGCAUGUAGUGCACAGAGAUAUAAAACCAGCAAAUUUGCUUGUAAAUCUCAAGGGUGAUGUAAAAAUUACCGACUUUGGAGUGACUGCUGGCUUUCAUGAUUCAGUGAGCACGUGCACUACCUUCGUUGGCACUGUCACAUAUAUGUCUCCUGACAGAAUACGAAACAGCAGCUACUCAUAUGCUGCUGAUAUCUGGAGCCUUGGGCUAACAGUUUUGGAAUGUGCUACUGGAAGAUUUCCAUAUUGUGUAAAUGGAGGCCUCAGCGAUCUCAUGUUGCAGAUAUUGGAUGAUCCAUCACCAAUACCAGCGAAAUAUGUCAAUGUGUAUUCGCCGAAGUUCUGCUCUUUCAUCAGUGCUUGCUUGCAGAAAGAUGCUGAUGCAAGGCCAACAUGCGAGCAGCUUUUGUCUCAUCCUUUCAUCAAUAGAUACAAGAGAACAGGUGUGGACUUGUCCGCUUAUUUUAAAAGUGCUUAUGAUCCAACAGAAAUACUAUGGCAAAUAGCACACAUGCUUGCUGUACAUUACUAUCUGAUCUUUUAUGGUUCAGAUACUGUCUGGCGUUACAUGAAAACAUUCUAUAGAGAGGAGUCUGUUUUCAGUUUCUUAGGGGAAGAACAUAUUGGCCAAAGCGACAUAUUUGGGACCUUGUCAAGAAUAAGGAAAAUGCUGAAAGGUAACCACCCUCGUAGUAAGGUCGUUUAUGUAAUAGAAAAGGUUCGCUGUUGUGCACAUGGGGAAGAAGGUGUCGCAAUUCGUGUGUCUGGGUCCUUCAUUGUCGGGAAUGAGCUCCUCGUUUGUGAGGAUGGGCUGCGAGCUGAAGGGAUGCCAAGCACUGACGAAGUCCCCUUGGACAUCAUGAGCAAGCGGGUCGGUCGUUUCCGAGAGGAAUUCUUUAUGGAGCCAGGAAAUGCCAUGGGUUGUUUCAUCAUAUCAACACAAAAACUACACAUCUUUGAAAUAUGAAGGGAAUUUUACCUCUCAGGUCGUGGAAUCUGUUUGGUGGUGAGACCUGAAAACCCAUCUGUAUGAAAAGAAAACCAUAACUCCAUAAGCAUCGGACGUUACUUCUGCAUCGCCUUCAGGUUGAUCUGUCAAGUAAUUAUCUUAAAACUUGAUCGCAGCUAUCAGGAGCUGCUUUGUAUCUUAGUUCAGAUGGUUAUGUGCUGCAUGUCAGUCUCAAGCAUAAUGGAUUUGUAGGGCAGAUGUAUGAGCUACACUGGUCUCUGAGUCUCUGACAUCUUACUACAAGUGACGGGAGUCAGAAGUUCAGUUGAUACACAAUACCUGCACAAAGGGUCGGUCUGUAAACAUAGUGAAAUCCACCUAAGCAACUUGUAUGUGUGCCGCUACUAGCGCAUGUCUGUAAGAUGAUCGCUUCAAAUACAACUGUAGUUUGUAGCAAAGACACUGAAUUCUUGACUGUCCCGGGCCUUUUUUUUAUUAUUGCCUUACAACCAUCUGUUGCCA